GGGUCUAUUUAUCCUGGAGAAGAUUGCCUGAAGUGAUCUUCUAACGGGAGUGUUUCCAGAGGAGGGGCUGGGUCGGGAGAGGUGGGGACAGCUGGGGACGGCUCUGAGCAGCGCGGCCCCGGGCACCCCACACCACUACAUGGUCUGGGGAGGAAGGUGGGAGCAGGCACACAAGAAGGGACCUCUGGGGGUCAGUGGGCCCCUGCCAUGUGGAGGGGUGCCCAGGGGACCCUUGGGGACAGGGAGGGGGCAGGGUGGGUGGCGGCACUGGGAGGGGGUGAGGGUAUGGCCCAUGUCCUCCUCCUCGCAGAAUGUCUGCCACACACUCUGGUGCUCUGUGGGGACCACCUGUCACUCCAAGCUGGAUGCAGCCGUGGAUGGCACCCGGUGUGGGGAGAAUAAGUGGUGUCUCAAUGGGGAGUGCGUACCCGUGGGCUUCCGGCCCGAGGCCGUGGAUGGUGGCUGGAGCGGCUGGUCCAUCUGCUCGCGGAGCUGUGGCGUGGGCGUACAGAGCGCCGAGCGGCAGUGCACGCAGCCUACGUGAGUGUGGGGCCCAGGGUACCCUGGGCAAUGGGACAGAGGGACCCAGGCAGUCAGCCGAUUGCAGGAGCUUGGCUCUGUCCCAGACCCUGGCUCUGAGAAGUGUCUUCAUAAUGGUCAGUCCGAGUGUCCAGGCCACCUUGAGUCACUUUCAAGCAGUGUUCUGGGGACUGACAGGGUCCCCACUGCUGACCCCUUUCCAGAGAGGGGGACACUGAGGCCCAGAGACUGGAGAGACUCAUCAGAGGCCACAUGGCAAAGCAGCUGCUGGUUGGAAGGAGGCAGGAGAGGGCAGUGGCGAAGAGCAUGGGUCUCAGACCUUAGAUGGCUCUGAGUUCGAGUCCUCUGUUCACCCCUUCUCUGGGCCUCCGUUUCCCCGUCUAUGUAAUAGCAGUGCCCAUCCAGUAAAGUUGUAGUCGGGGGCAAAUGCAGUUUACGCAGGCCAGGCCCUCAGUUUUGCAGCUCGUCUGUAGUGGGCACUCAGCGGGAGGGGCUUGGUGGCCUCAGAGGCACAACAAAGGUCU